AUGGAGGACGCGGAGCCGCAGCCCGCCCUGGAGCCGGCCGACAUGGCUUACUUCGGCCCCACCUCCCUCACGUACCUCCCCGUCCUGCAGUGGCUAGCUGAUAAUUUCUAUUUGUGUGGAGGAUGCACUGUACCCUGUCGGCUACUACAUGAGCUGUAUAUUGAAACCUGCAAUCCAGAUUUCAAGAUUCAAGUACAUCCAUCCACCUUUGGAAAGCUUAUUCAGUUAGUUUUCCCAGGCCUGGUGACAAGAAAGCGAACCACAGCAGGGAGCAUCAGAUAUCAUUAUGAUGGAAUAGCUAUCAAGAAGGAGUCUUCCUUUUAUGCACGUUUUUGCUGUCUUCUGUAUGAACAAAAUUAUCUCAGGCACUGCUCUCCGGGGGAAGUGAGCAUCUCUGAUGUGCAGCCAAGCACCAGUAGAAGUUCCUGGAGUUCUGAAAAUGAAGCUGAUUACAAGAAGAAUAGACAAAAAACGGGAACAAGUAAGAAUUUGCAGUAUUAUCCAUCUGUCAUUUAUCUGAAGACUGAACAAGAGACAUUUCAUUACCUUUCUCCUGAUUUCAACCAGUUCUUCUUUGGAGAACAAGCACAAAGUGAGACAUACCCCUAUGAACUGAUUGCACUGCUUGCCAAUGACUACUACAACUAUUGUCAAGUUAUUUUACAAAUGGUGAGAGAGACCAAGCUUGACAAGGUGGAAGAUUGUAUCAUGUCAUUCUGGACAUCUCUGCAGCCUGAAAGAAUAGAACUGAUGUGCCUGCCAGAUGUAUGCCAGCUGUUAAAAAGCUAUGAUAGGUAUCUGUUCAAGGAAUUGGAGAACAUCCUACUUCCUGAUUUCCUGGAGGAGUUGCCUGCACAACACAUAGACUCAAUCAGAUCAUUCAGUGAAAAUGUUAAAUGUUGGAUGCUUAAUCCUUUGGGAGGAUUUCCAUUACUGCUCCAAACAUCCAAGUCUAAUGAAGCUAAAGAGUUUGUAAAAAGGCUCAGGAGACAGACAGACCUUUGCAACAUGGUCAAGACAGUAAGAGCACUCUUGAACAACAACAGCACAGUCACUGUUCUGCGGUCAGGCUUGCAUGCCAUCUUCAAUGAGAAAUCUCUGGAUGUGACCAAAGACCUCUUUCAAGAGAAGUUUAAGAAUCCAAAGAAGCGGCAGAAGAACAUACCAUUAAAAUGUUUGAAGAACUUCAUUUCUUCACUGACAUCUUCCACAGAUAUUCGUGAUCUCCUGAGCUGUUUGUCUUCAGAUCUCCAGACUUUUGUUAUUAAGCCAAGCAAGAGUAAAGAGGCAUUUAAAGAGCAGGCAUCAGAUUUCAUGUUGAAAUGGAACCUCCUACUGAGCAAUGUAGGCAAGAUUCUGACCAUCAACAGGACAGACAGUUUUGGAUCCUGGCUUUUGUUGAAUAUGCUACUUGUUGAUUUUGCGGCUCACAUUUUCCAGUCCUAUAUAGAAGACGAGAAGGAAGAAGGAAAUGCCUUGGUUGCAAAGCAAAAUGAGGUCCCUGUUCUGUGUGUUUACGAGCCCAGCCAUCUCUCAGCCUGUUUUGCUGAGGAGGAACCUCAAGACAAUGCUCCACAGACAGCUCUUGUGAUGCAGAACCAGAAUAACUUUGGAUUAAGCAAUGCUUUCCAGAGUUCUGAGUUGUUUGGUGAACACAGCCACUGUCAGCAAGCACAUCCAGAUAAUUUUGGAAGAGAAAAUUAUUAUAUCAUGUACUAAGUUGGAUCUUCAAGUUGGAAAGGAAACAUUUCUUACUCAAAAAGAUGAAAUGAUAUUUCUCUGCCUCCAAUGAACAGCAAAUCUUCAGAGAAAAGCAUCCUGGCUGUAGCAUUCUAUAUGAUAUGCCAUUCUUAAUUUUGAUAAAGUUUAAGAAACACUGUUUUCAUUCUCUUAUACUAAAGAGCUUUCUUUUUUUAAAUACAAAAUGUAAAACCGGGCUAGCAAUGCAAUUAGUUUAAAUUGUCAUGUGAUUUGAUUUGGAUUAUUUGAAUAAAUCUUCAGAAGAUAAAGGUGAAA